CGUCCACACACUGAAGUCAAAGGCCGCACGAAAACCGCUCGAAUGGGUUGGCGGAGAGGAUUAAACCGAAACAAAAUAUGAUCUUUUGAUGGUUUAUGUUGACCCAAGCAAGCCUACCGUUGCACAAAUGGAGUGUUAAAGGUUCGUAGUUUGCGGUGACGAUGCAAUAGCUACGCUGUAAACGAGUUUUCGUGGAUAUUUUAGUCUUUUUUUAUUUGGACGUUUGUUUGUUGGUCUACAUGGUUUUAACAAGCUAGCGCUAGCCUCGAUUUAGUGAGCUGCUUUCGAGCUGCGAUGGUCGUCGCGAGUUUAUGCGGAUGUCUCCGGGCCCGUCUAUACUGAACCGACGGCAACAAAUGGGACCAUCCAGCAUCGGCCGAAAACAUCGCGGCAUAGACUAACCAUUAAAGAUUCAAUACAUAUUUGAAUUUGUGGAAAUUCAGACAGAGGAUUCUGUGGACUCAGACGGCAGGUGUUUUUCUAGUUGGAUUUUAGCCCACUGACAUUCUCCCACAGCCAUGGAAUCGACGGUUGAUGACGAUGCAAUGGCAGCGUGAAUGAAGCUUGGCGUGGGGAGAGCUGAACGAUGCCCAAAGGUGGGGGUUCUAAAACCCCCCAGCUGGACCACUUCCCACUCAACACUGACAUGGUGGAAAAGCAGGGUGGGAAGAAGGAUAAAGUGUUGUCGAACAAGACUCCCAAAUUGGAUCGCAGUGAUGGGGUCAAGGAGAUGAAAGAAAAGGCUCCUAAAAGGAAGCUGCCUUUCACUGCUGGAGCUAAUGGAGACCAGAAAGAUUCUGACUCAGAGAAACCAGGUCCAGAGCGGAAGCGCAUUAAAAAGGAGCCCACCAACACCCGGAAGGCGGGCUUGCCAUUUGGAAUGGGGAUGCCAGGGAUCCGGGCCGGGUACCCCCUCUCUGAGCGGCAGCAGGUGGCCUUGCUCAUGCAAAUGACAGCUGAGGAGUCCGUCAACAGUCCAGACACAACACCAAAGCAUCAGUCACAGUCCAGUAUGGGUCAGAAGGGAACGCCAAACUCUGCAUCUAAAACCAAAGACAAAGUGAAUAAACGGAAUGAGAGAGGAGAGACUCGGCUGCACAGAGCAGCAAUACGUGGAGAGGUACGCCGCAUCAAGGAGCUCAUCAGCGAGGGAGCUGAUGUGAAUGUAAAAGACUUUGCAGGCUGGACUGCAUUGCAUGAGGCGUGCAACAGGGGAUAUUAUGAUGUGGCCAAGCAGCUGCUGGCAGCCGGAGCAGAGGUCAACACCAAGGGUCUGGAUGAUGACACCCCUCUACACGAUGCAUCCAACAAUGGACAUUUCAAGGUGGUUAAGCUACUUUUACGGUAUGGAGGGGACCCACGUCAAAGCAACAGGAGAGGUGAAACGGCGUUGAAGGUUGCCAACUCGCCAACUAUGCUGAAUCUAUUGCUGGGGAAAGGCACUUACACCUCAAGUGAAGAAAGUUCAUCAGAAUCUUCAGAGGAGGAAGACGCCCCUUCAUUUGCCCCGUCCAGCUCUGUCGAUGGCAAUAACACGGACUCAGAGUUUGAGAAGUUGAAGUUGAAGGGGAAAACUGUAGACCCUCCUAAAUCUGCUGUCACGCCCGUCAAGGAUGAAUAUGAAUUUGACGAGGAUGAUGAGGAGGAACGUGUUCCUCCUGUGGAUGAUAAACACCUCUUGAAAAAAGACUUCCGUAAGGAACCGGUCCCCAAGGCCAACAGCUUCAUCGCCAUACCCAAGAUGGAGGUCAAAACCUAUUCCAAAAGCAACUCGCUCACACCAAAGAAAACUGUCAGGCGGAUCAUCUCUGACAGUAACAGUUCAGACGAAGAUGAUAGGACGUGUUUCACGCCAGCGCCUACGCCACGGCAAGCCCAGCAAACAAAUACCAAGAUCAGAGACUCUGGCAGCAUGAGCUCUAAACAACAAAAAGACAAGAACAAAGUAAAAAAGAAACGGAAGAAGGAGAGUAAAAAUAAUGUCAGUAAAGAAGUCAGGUUUGGUAAAGUCAAUGACAAAUUCUGUACCUCUGACUCUGAUUGUGGCGAUAUGGAGAGUGAGGAUGAUAAGGGCUCAAACAGUAUAAAGGACUCUUCUGCAACGAGCCUGAAAGACUCCCCUGGCUUUAACGCAUCCUCCUCCUCAUCCCAUGGAAACUCGAACUCUCAGAAACAAGUACCAUCAUUAGCAGAACAGCAUCCGAAGCAGUGGAGGACAGAUGGCUGGAAGACUGUGUCAUCUCCUACAUGGUCAGACGUCAGUUCUCUCUCAGAUUCUGUCAGAACAAGACUGUCCAGCGAGUCUGACUACUCCUCUGCUGAUUCCAGUGUAGAGUCAAUAAAACAAGUUAAGAGGAAAGCGCAGGAGAACAAAAAGAAGAAUAACAAUGUGCACAGUAGUACAGUAGACAAGAAAAAUUCUGAGCUCUACAAAAACUCCAAUGCAGACAGUGCGGUCUCCAAAACCGAUGUAGAUGGCAAAGUGCUGAAAAAGCAUAAAGUGAAGCACAAGCACAAAAAUAAGGAAAAGGACAAAGCUCCUAGUCUGGUGCUCAAUCAAGACAUGAAUGAGAAAUUUGUCAAGAGCUACUCUUUUGAUUUUGAUGAUUCAAGACAGAAGUCCCUAAUUGUUGAGUCAGAAUCGCCAGUUGAGAGCAAGGUCAAGUUAUCCAAACAUGAAAAAGACCAUUCCAAAAAAGAGGAUAGGCUUUCGAAAAGCAAGUCUGAGGAUAAGGAUUGGUCAUCUGGAAAAGACCUGCACAGAACAGCGAAAGAGGAGAAAAAUAAGAAAACAAAGGACUCCACCAAGGACAAGACCAACAAAGAGGAGAGGGAGAAGCCUGUAAAAUCUGUCAAGGAGAAGGAGAAGCCCAAGGAGGAGAAACAAAAGGCUCACAAAGAGGAGAAAAAGAAAAAGUCCAAGGAGAAGUCCUCCUCAAAGACAGACAGGAAAAGUGAGCAGAAAGAGGAAAAGCAUCUAAAGGUGGACAAGGAGAAAAACACCAAGGAGGAGAAGGACAAAUGUAAAAAAGAUAAAGCACAGAAGGAAGAGCCUGAGUAUGAAGGUUAUGACGUCAACAACCGUUUCCUCAACUUAGAGGACACCAAGCUCAGUGCCUCAGAUGACCAUCAUGACAGAUGGGGCUCCGAGAUGUCCUCUGACUCCUCCCUGUAUGGAGAUGACAGCUGGGACGCUCCUGUCAAAGAGUACAAGGAAUACAAAGCCAACAACGCUGUUAAACUAAUUGUUGAGACUGUUAAGGAAGAGACGAGGAGGAAAGAAAACAAAGUUAAGGACAAAAAAUCUGAUCACAGUGAGAAAAGAUCAGAGAAAGAAGCCACUUCCAAGAAGAAAGACAAAGACUCCUCUGAAAAGACAAAUGAAAAGAAAAAAGACUGGUCAGAAAAACAAAAAUUAAACUCCAGUCACUCAGUGGAGAAAGAAAAGAAGCGGAAGGAGUCCAUAGAAACGGUCAAAGACAAAAAAGACAAGGACUCUUUGGAGAACAGUAGAGACCGUAAAGACUCGUAUGACUUCUUAAAGGAAAGAAAGGACAUAAAAAUCAAGCAGGAAUCUGUAAGAGAUGAAUAUGGCAAUGAUACUUUUUUCAAAGAAAUUGAUGCUGUCAGUAAAUCAUGUGAAAUCAGAGAAAGAAACCACUCUGGAAAGGAGAAAGAAAAGAAGGGUGAGGGAAUAGAAAAGCGAGAAAAGACAAAAGCUGACAAGCACAAAGAGAAAACAAAAGACAGAGGAGCUGAUCAGGAAAAGGAUAAGAGCGAGAAAAGCUCUGCAGAAAAAAUUGUCAAGGAAAAGGACACAGACCGGAUCACCAAAGACAAGAAGGAGGGAGUUAAGGACAAACACAAAGAGUCUCAUGGCAAAGACAAAGAUCGCAAGAUGUCUUCAGAUCAGACCAAGGACAAGAAAGAAAAGGCAUCUCAAGACAAACAUGCUGAUAGGGAGAAGGAUUUCUUGGAGGUAAAGAAAGAGGAAAGAAAACCUGAGAAAAUCCGUGAGAAAGCUUGGUACAAGAUAGCUGACAUCUUCACUGAUGAAAGUGAUGAUGAUGAGGACAGCUACAAUGGUGGUGUUGCACUUGUGUCUGACUCCAUCAGAAAAGACUCAACGUCUGAUCAGGAUGAGCUGGAUCACUUCCCCUCAGAAAAAAUUAGAAAAUCUUCUGCGGAGGCUAAACAUAACACAGAAAAGGCAAAAGACAAAGAACACAAAGAAAAGAAGAAAGAAAAGGCCACUUUUGACACAGGUAAAGAGAGGAAAGGCUCCCUAGAGAAACACAACAAAGACAAGAAAGAUUCUGUAGAUGUGAAACAUAAGGAAAGAAAAGACAGAAUGUCAGUGGACUCAAAUCAAGAGAAGAAAAAUAAGCAGAAGCUGUUGGACAAAAGGGACACCAGUGAGGAUAAGACAAAAAGCAAAUAUAAAGACAAGCUGGACCAUUCUAAGGAAAGGAAACCCUCAAAAGGCAGUGGUGAGAAUGAAAAGUCCCUCUUAGAAAAAUUGGAGGAGGAAGCUAUGAAUGACUACAAGGAUGACUCCAAUGACAAGAACAGCGAAAUCUCUUCAGAUAGUUUCACUGACCGAGGUCAUGAGCCAGUCCUCACUACUUACUACGACUCAAUCAGCCUGACUGAUGUGUCUGAGGACAGGAGAGACUCCCUGUCCAUAUCUACUCCCCAGGACAAGUUCAGAGAGAAAGAGAGGCAUCGACAUUCCUCUUCAUCUUCAUCCAAGAAAAGCCACGACAAGGAGAAAGAAAAGGCCAAGAAGGACAAAGGAGACAAACGUGACAAAACGGAGGAGAUCAGAGAGUCCUACAGCCGCAGAGAGAGUCUACCUUUUGAGAAAGAGCCCAUGCCUCUAGAGGCAGACCCUUACACAUUCCCAUAUGGAAGUAAGGGAGAUGGCGAAGACGACUUUGACAAAACGUUGGAAUUUGAAAAAGAGAUGUCCAAAAAGGACAAAGCAACUGGUGUCAUCAGUGACAGGACGAAGGACAAAAAGAAAAAGGAGAAACACAAGGAAAAAAUAAAGGAGGAGAAGAAUAAGUACAUCGAUGGUUUUGGGUCAUUUAAACACUCCAAAGAGGAUGUGAAGUCAGGGUUGAAAGAUAGCCCACAGGUCACCGUUCUGAAAGACAGAUCAAAAGAAGAAAGUCCUAAAUUUGAUAUGAAAAAAGACAGAAGUCGGGAUACAUUGGACAAAGACAACAGAAUGGACCACAUUAAAUCUAAGGCUAAGGAUGAAAAUGAAAAGCUCACUCAGUCCAAAGACACGGUAAGGAAAGAUAAUCGUCCACGAGAAAAACUGUUGGUGGAUGGUGAUUAUCAAAUGACAAGUUUUGGUCAAAUGUUGAGUCUUAAAGACCAGGAGAUAGAAGAGCGCCACAAGAGACAUAAAGAAAGGAUGAAGCAGAUGGAGAAGCUGAGACCCAAGUCAGGGGACCCUAAACUCAAGGACAAGACUAAGUCCACAGAGGAAGUACGAAAAAAUCGCAGUGAGCUGUCAUCAAAGAAAUCCAACAGUCUGGAGUCUGGUCUUAAAGAGAAGAAGCUGAAGGAUGUGGGUCUCCCGGCCCAAAUGAUGUCCCCAAGCAGGAAGUUCCAGCAGACAGAUGGUCAAAACUCAAAGGACUGGCUGGCUGGACACCAAAUAAAGGAGAACCUCCCUGCCUCUCCCAGGCCAGAUCAAAACAGGCCAACUGGUGUCCCCACACCAACAUCUGUCAUUUCCUGCCCCAGCUUUGAGGAAGUAAUGCAGACACCACGUACCCCAUCUUGCAGUGCAGAGGAUUACCCCGACAUUAUGUUGGAUGGGCUGGACUGCCAGAACUCAUCAGCUAUGACCAUUUCAAUGAAUGCCUGCUCUCCAUCCUUCUUUGAAAGCAGGUACUCUAACUCUCAGAGUUUCCAGGAGGGCACAUGUCCCACCCCUGCAAAGAACCUCCAGCUACCACUCGUCAGUCGUUCGGCAUCCUCUGACGUCCGCAGGCCGCUGGAGGAUGAGUUCAAGGCUGAGGCUGACAAGUUCCUUCGACAGCAGAGUGAUCCAGCGGCUGAAUUUGAUCCGUCAUCUUCCUCCCAAACUCUAGAGGACAAAUCAGCAACUGGGGAUAGACUAGAGUGCCUGGCAUCUCCUUAUUUCUCCCCAAUUAGAAUGUUGUCCCCUCGGCUGGAGCCAGCUCUUCCAACACCAGAUGUGGCAGCGCCAACUCUUGCUGGCACAGAGGGCAAUGAACACCUUCAUGACAAUGUAUACAACACUUUCUUGCCCAAACCCUCUACACCAGUUCACAGGCCAGACCCCCAGGAGCCCUGCUUUGACAUUGCUGCACCGCCAACUCCUGCUCCUGCUGCUUUGCCACCCCUGGACAUUGAUGACAUCUCUGAGCCUCACCACAGUGAGCCUAACCUGGUCCUGUCAGAUCUUCCCUCUGUCACUGAAGAGCAGGAAGAGGAGGAAGAGGAGGAAGAGGAGGAGGAGGAGGAUGAGGAUGAAGAAGAAGAGGAGGAGGACUUUGAGGACGAAGGUGAUAUGGAUGAGAGAGCUGAUGGAGACCACUGUGCAAUGGAGGAGCCGGAGCAAACAAGGGAGCCACGUUCCUUCUCCCCUCCAGUGGAGGACCCUCUUAGGAAGAGCUGGCCUGCAGAGUCUCCAGACCGGCAAGAACCAGAGGUCCAGGAUAUUUCCCCCACACACUCUGCACCCAUCCAUGGAGAGAACUGUUUUGAUCACGGCAUUGGUUGGAACCCUGAUAUGGACCUCAAAUCUCCCCACAGGACGUAUGGGGAGAUAGAGGCUGCUGUCUCCAAAAUAACCAGUCCAUACCAUUCAGACAGUGAUAUGCAGCACUUGUCUGGACAUCCUUCUGUCACUCCCCCUUAUGCUACCUGGAAUAGGUGGCACAAAGAGGAACCAGAGGACUUUGAUGAACAGAAGGAGGCUGUGGCUGACAUCCCCUCUCCAGAGAGGCCUGACACAGCUAUUGAUGAGGAACCCAACUAUUUAAACACCUCAUCAUCCUCCAAUAGGCUGGAGUCUUUCUUCCAGGAAUGUAACAAGCCAAGCAUAGAGGAAAGUCACCAGAUGGACACCGAGUCAACAUGUGAACAACCAGACAGCAGACAGAUCACGCACAGCUUCAGCGCUUCCACUGAAAGCCACAUAGCUCCAGCGGUGGGCCCUGAGCCUGUGGUGCCCUGGGCAGACCCAUUCUCAGCUGAUGCAGAUGAACUGGAUGACUUGGGACCGUUCUCCUUGCCUGACCUACCACUACCAGACAAGUCUGAAGAAGCUGAGUCUCGAGACCCAGAACUAGCUGACCACAACAAGACUAUGCUGACCCACAUUGGACAUACCAUUACAGACAGAGAGGACCCAGACAUAAUGGAGGUGGACUUACCAAGCCUGGCUAAGAUUUCAGGCCCUGCUGGAGACCUAGAUUCAGGAGAACCUACCGGACAAGACUUAGUUGUACCCUCACCACAUGUCAAUUUCCAGCAGGAUUUGGAUCCUGAGCCUCAGAGUCUGCCAGUCAACAGCUCUCUCUCUCUAACACAGCAACAGGACAACAUGUUGGAAAGAAAAGGACCUUAUGGAGAACCCAAUGAGUCGGAUCCCAGUAUGUUCUAUUCAUCUGUGAAAUCGGAUCCCACUCAGCAACAUCACAUUCAGAUCCACUCCAUCACUGAGUCGUUGCAGUUACCCAUGGAUUCAGUGUCUGCUAUCAAGUCAGAGGUGAGGCAGGAGGAGAUGUCUGAGCCCGUAGCAGAAUCCGUGUCAUGCAGUCCUCUUCCUCAGCUCCCACUGGCAGUUGCCCUCUCCAGCACAGUGGAACUACCAGACACUCAAGAAACCACAUCCAAGCUUACACCAGUAACCCUGACCACUGUGUCCACCACUGUAGAUAUUCCCAAGAAGGUGGAUGAAAUCCCUCAAAGAAUAACUCGCAAUCGCGCCAAGAACAAUCCCUCUGCUGCUGCUGUCCCUCCUACCUCCAGCAUAAUAACCUCGUCUGCCACUGCCACCCCUGUAACAACCAGUCCAAUAGUGACCAUCAACCCGAUUUCUACUAGAACCAUGACACCCACCUCAAACUCUUCCUUCCCAGCUCUGAAGAAAGACAAAGAACCUGUGCUUACUGUCUCCUCUGCUGCAUCUAAUACAACCACAACAGUGUCUGUACCUACUUCUGUGACAACUUCUGCGCCAGUGGUUAUCAGUAAGACGACAAAAGGUCGCCCUCUCCCCGUGGAUGAAGAGGAAUCUCAGACCCAGCACCCACGGAAGAGGAAAUUUCCACGUUCUGCUGGGCAGCAGGUCCAGGUCCAGCUGGUAAACACGGCCAUGCAGCAGACUAGGGAAAUGAUUCAACAGACUUUGGCUGUAGUUGUCAAUGCCAUCAAGUUGGACGAUAUUGAACCCUACCACAGUGACCGUUCCAACCCUUACUUUGAGUACCUGCAGAUCAGGAAGAAGAUUGAGGAAAAGAGGAAGAUUCUGUGCUACAUCACCCCACAGGCCCCACAGUGUUACGCUGAAUAUGUGACCUACACUGGCUCCUACCUGCUGGAUGGCAAGCCCCUCAGCAAGCUUCACAUCCCUGUGAUUGCCCCACCUCCAUCGCUGUCAGAACCUCUGAAGGAGCUCUUCAGACAACAGGAGGCAGUAAGAGGGAAGCUCAGGUUGCAGCACAGCAUAGAACGGGAGAAGCUGAUUGUGUCAUGUGAGCAGGAGGUUUUAAGGGUCCACUGCAGAGCAGCCAGGACAAUAGCCAAUCAGGCUGUGCCAUUCAGCGCCUGCACUAUGCUGUUGGACUCUGAAGUAUACAAUAUGCCAUCAGAGAGCCAGGGUGAUGAGAACAAAUCUGUGAGAGAUCGCUUCAACGCUCGUCAGUUCAUAUCUUGGAUCCAGGAUGUGGAUGAUAAAUAUGACCGCAUGAAGACAUGUUUGUUGAUGCGGCAACAGCACGAGGCAGCAGCCCUCAAUGCAGUGCAAAGGAUGGAGUGGCAGUUGAAGGUCCAGGAGCUGGACCCAGCAGGGCACAAGUCCCUCUGUGUCAACGAAGUGCCGUCCUUCUACGUGCCAAUGGUCGAUGUCAACGACGACUUUGUCCUGCUGCCUGCAUGACACACCUGUGCUCACAGAUUUAGAGCAAACUUUGUCUGAAUAACUUCUUCUCAAAGAGACUUCGUUGAACAGAACGAAUGGAAAGGGCUAGCAAGUUUGAAAGAGGACUUUAGACAGGAAAAAAAUUAUAUUCUAUAGAAAAAGAGUAAAGAUGAAAAACUUGCUCUGGAUUCCCUUCUGUGAAGAAGGAAACAUGUUUUUACUGGGGGAAAAGAAAACACAACUUGCACUUUCAUCCUCAAAGUUUUUACACUUUUGUUUGAUCAGAGUGUGAGAAGCAGAAACCGUUUUUGCUUUGAGGCUCUGACAUCGGGACACAACUCCUCAGUGCUCAGUUUCGGUGAGACAGGGGACAGAGAUAUAUUUUCUGCAUUGGUUUUUGGUCCCUGCUUCAAUAGACCCAACUCCACCACUGGGAGUCGGUAUCAGAGAAGAGCUCUCCCAACAGCGUGGUGCCUGUCCUGAGGAGGGACUGAGGAGAAGCCUCCCCUGUUGACCCAGGGCUCCUGGUGGGCCAGGAGAACUAGAGUCCAGCGCUGACCCGGAGGAAGUCAACGGAGCUGUGGUGCAUCAUGUGAAUCUUCAUAUAAGACAGCUGGGAUGGACAGACCAGGAACCUGAAACCUGCCACUGAUGGUUUUGGGGCUAUACCCAGAAGAUGCCCUCUCUGUUCGCACUGCAACAGAGCCUGGGCCUAGGGCUAGAGAUGUGUGUGCACGUCAGGGCCCAGUGUCUGAGAGGAAGAGACUGACCCUGCAGCCUCUCAGCCUGGCUAAACAGAAGAGGACGGGCAUGGAUCUCUGAGGACAGACCGGAGUGCUCCUCAGCCACCCUGCUUGCUCCCAACAGAAACACAUCAGACCGCCAUGGACUGCAAAAACACCACAGUACAACCAGAAGAAACAAACAUAACGAAUGUUGAGAUUUAAAGAGACUAUUGAGAAAUUGUGCUUUGGCAGGAUGAGAGAAAUAUUGUUUUUGUCUAUUUCUUUACUUGGGCAUUUCAUUGUUUCUGAGGAAGUGACUUGAAACACUACAGAGCCAAUAUUAGUUUAAUUGAAAAAAAAUGAAAAAAAAAAUGAAAAAAAGUUGUAUUCCGUAAAUUAUGUACAGUUUUUAUAUUCGUUAACCAAUGUAUUCUUGCUGCCUUCUAGAUAAUUUAUUUUGCCACACAUUACUGCACAGUUGUAAAUAACCUAUGUACUGUAAUAUCACUCAGUUAAGUGUAGAAAAAACAAAAGAAAUAAAAAGUAUCUUUUUAUGUACAGUUCACUUUUGGGCAGCACUUUCCCCCUCCCCCCCCCUCUCAUAUCCAUGGGCCAAAAUGUGUACACGUUUCUGUAUUUGAAAGACUCCAGUGCACAGUUGUAUAAUCCCAUCUUUAGAUUCAGUCCAGGUUUAGGUAAGACAACUCACCUGGACGUGGAUCACCACAUCUCACAAAUAGCUGACAGAACACUUCUGGAUUAAACCGGCCUCCCACAGGCCAACCACCAUAUAGUCCCUCAGAUGUAGCAGAAUAGUUGAGGAUUUAUUUAAAGAAUAGACAGAGGAUUAUUAUUCAUUGCUUUACUACACAAUUAUAUCUGAAAAAAUUCGAACCAAGAAAAUGCCUUUUUCAGUGAAAAAAAAAUGUACUCAUUGUUGGGCAAAGUCACAUAGAUAUAUAUGGGUGGGAUGAAAGUGAGAGAUGUCAUUCACAAGCAAAACCAUCUUGUUAAUGUAGAAUGGUUUCAAAUUAAUAGGUUUUUAAUUUACAAAAAUUGGACUGAAAUCAUUUCUAAUCAUCACAAAACAUCGUCUCAAAAACCAACAGGACGCGGGUCUUUCAGCACUUCAUUAUGUGUUUGGUUUCCAGCUUGUCUGCUUUUCACAUUGAAUGGGCAGAGGCGUUGUAACAGCAACUAAAAGGUUUUAUUCCAUACUCACUUUGGACAUAGGUUUGUCAGUCAGCCCCUUUGUAAAAUAUUGGUGAGCAGCUUAUUUUUUUAAGUGCUGUUCUAACCUUAAACACUGGAUGGCGUCAGUGUUUCAGACAACUCAAGAAACUAAUUGGCUUUGCAUUAGACCUGUGACCUAAUGCAAUGGGGAAUGGGUUUUUAAAUAUAUUUAAAUUUUAUCACAGACUAUGGGAGUUCAAUUUCCUUAUAGGAUUCCAAUGCAACACCUUGAUCAGUUUGGUAGUCAAUUAUUGGAUCAUAAUAGGCAUUGGUCUUGUAAUUUUUAUCAGUGUUUAAUCCACAAGGGGUUUGGCUAGUGUUGUCAGGGAUUUUAAAUGUUAGGUUACUUCCUCAUAUUACUCCGUUGUCAAGUUCUUGCGUCGGGCCCAAGCAGACAGUUACAAGACUUAAAUCUUCUCAGAAUGAGAAGUGGACAGACGUUAACACAAACAGCAGCGCGGAAAGAAAAAGCUUAAUGCUGAAUAGAUCUGUUUUUUUUAGUCCUCAAUUAAAAAUCCCAUUUGAAAUGUUGAUUUGUGAUGACUUACUGAUUCUCUAUUUGUUAGUGGAUCUUGGUUUUGAAAAGCUUUCCCGACCUACCACAUAGGCUUCCUGUCUGUGUGCGAGAGCUGCUCAUGUAUCCUGAUGGCAAUAUUAUCUGAAACGUUUUAAGUUAUUUACACACUCUCAGUCAGACUAGCUGUGUAUGGUAUGUCUAGUCAAGUGCAAUGGUUGUUGCUAUUACACUGUGCAGACAAGGUGGCUAGAUGUAUAGUCCUGGAUAUUUUUGAGAGAUACACACAUCCUGGUUGGUAUACAUAGACAUACAUAUUUGGAUACAAAUAGCCAGAAAUUUGGUUUUUAAACCCCUGUUUGUCAUGUUUUUGUUUUUAAUUUGUUGUGGUUUCUUACACAGUUUUGGGGGAACAGGUUUAAUGGUGUCGUUUGUUCACAGAAUCCUUUUGUGUUUUUUAGCUCAGUGUAUGUAGUUUUGAAUGUUGUUGUGUUUAUCUUAGGGUUUUUUUUGUUCCUGUAUGAAGCACCAGUGGCAUGUCAAUCACGUUGCUUAUCGAGCAGAAUGUAUACCGUUACUUGCCCAGACCGACCACGCCCUCUCACUAUUGUUUACAAGACAUCAACAAGUGUGUUUUCCGUUUCAUGUGUCACCUUUUUUAACGGUUUAAGCCCUGCCUUUGUUUUUACUUCUGUAAUCAGUCAUUUAUUUGAACCACAAAGGCUUGAAAUGGUGAUGGUUGACACAACUGACUGACAACUGACCCCGCCCCUCCCUAGUCUGUGAUACACCGCUGCACAGAGCAAAAGACUAAACACAUCCAUCCACGUUGAUUCUCCAGUGUGACUAUUCAACUAACAAAAAGAGUGAUUUCAGGAUAAAAAUUUAAUACAGACAAAAACACACAUCAGUCCUCAGAUGCACAGUAGAGCACUUGACCGUGGUGAUACAGAUCAUUACCGAGCCUGGCACCACCUCAGUCAGCAACAUAUUACCUCUGCUCCUCACAUUCACUCAUAAUGUUUAUUUUAGAUCUGUUAUUUGUUGUUUUUUCUUACUGGACAUAAAUAUACAUAAUUGCUAUUUUUUCAUUCUUAUAGAAUCACGAUUUCAAGCCUUUUUUCUAGUUUGUUUAUUUUUUAAUUAAAACCCAGACUGUAGCUAUUUCUUUAUUCCUUUUUUAGAGUGGAAAAGGACUAAUGAAACGCAUGGAGAACUACUCUUUAAAUGGUGAGAAAUAACCUAUUUAUUAUCUUUUUUUCUUUUUCUGACACCUGUGGUAUGUUUUGAGUUGAAUUUGGUCUCCGCUGUGUAAAUUUUCCUCCUUGUAAUGCGUGAAAGAGACAUACUGUACAUAGCUCUGUAAAUAAAACCUCCCAGGACGUUUUGCACCCUCCUCUUUGUACUAGUCUGAAAAAUUGCGUAGAAUGUGGGGUUCUAACAGCAACAAGCUGCGUGCGCUUGCUGCAGGUGAUUAUGAUGUAACAAUGUAACAUUUUUUUUGUACAAUGUAGUUUAUUUGUGUACAUAUUGUUGGAGCAGCUAAGAGGGGGGGGGUGGGUGGGGUAUAUGAGGGCGGUUGUUGAUGCUAUUGUCAGUGCUGUAACAGAAAUCCAGUACUUUCACCUCUAGCUGUUGUUGAUUUCCUGCAAAAAAAAAAAUAAAGACAAAAAAAUAAAAAUGCGAGAAACUGAAAAUGAGGAUGGGUGGAAAAAAAGUAAAAAUUCUAAAUUGUUAUUUUCUACAGUUGCAUGUACAGAGAGCGCGAGAACUGCUGUUGUUCCUCAGAGAUUAUGUUCGUUAAUAAAAUUUUGAAAUAUUA